CAAGUGUUUAAGUGAAAUUUUUUACCAACAAUAGCGUUAUAUGUGUGUGAUAUAAUAUUUAUAAUAUAUUUUGUGCAUGUUACUCAAAUUCUAAACUCAAGUCGAAUACAGAAUACAUAUUAUAUCAAAAGUUAUAAGUUAAAAAGUUUUAUAAUCAUGGCUGCAACAAGACAAAAACGUGCAAAUGCUGGCAAUAAAAUGGCAAGAUUAUUAAAUGAGGAAGAAGAAGAUGAUUUCUAUAAAACUACAUAUGGUGGUUUUGAUGAAGUGGAACAAGAUAACGAUUACAUGGAAGAAGAUGAGGCAGAAGAUGAGGUAGAUUCAGAUUUUAGUAUCGAUGAGAAUGAUGAACCAGUUUCCGAUACUGAGCAAGAAGGGCCAAAAAAGAAACGUAGAUUAGUAACAAAAGCUUAUAAAGAGCCUAAACCUAUAUUAAAUACUCAAUCAGCACCCAAAGAAAAGAGGAUUAAACAACCAAAGCAAGAUAAAACUUUAAUAGACAGCAUAGAAAGAAAAUCAAUACGCCGUUCUACCGCGGCGAAAUCAGCAGCUACGCAAAAACGCUUGCGUGAAAGAAAUCAAGAUCAAAGAAGAAAGAUAAAAGUUACAAGACAUAAUACAUGGAAACCAACUCAGGAAGAAUUAUUAGAAGAAGCUUUACAAACAGAAGAAAUUAACAUGAAAUCGUUAGAAAAGUAUCAAAAAUUAGAAAGUGAGAAAAAGACUACUAGAUCUGUGAGAAAGACACAUGUUGGAACAAUGAUUAGGUAUCAAUCGCUAUCUAUGCCAGUCAUGGUGUUAUCUGAGUCAUAUGUAAAUGAGGAGGAAAAAAUUAAUGUUGAAUGUGAUGAUGAGAAGAAUAUAGAUACAGCCUCUAACAAUGUAGGUUCUGAUAAUUGCCUAAAAGAAGAAAGUAAGACAGAAUCAAAAACAGAUGGAAAAGAUAAUAAGGAGGAAUUUAUAGAUAUAACUCCACCAACUUCCACUAGAGAAAAAGAUAUUGAUGCUAAAGAAACUGGAACGUUUUAUGAACGUACGUUUAUUACUUUUGAAAAUGAACAGUCAUAUUUAGACUUGUUUAAGAAAUCUAUACAACAGAGACCUCCAUUGAAACCUCUUUGUGCAAUCACACGAUUACCUGCUAAAUAUUUGGAUCCUAUGACACAAUUACCAUACAAAAAUGUACAGACCUUUCGACUACUUCGAGAAGCAUAUUAUCAACAGUUAGAAGCUCGAAAUGAUCUUAAUGAUGCUUCUCAAAGUCCAGAAUUAUUACGAUGGAUAGAAUGGCGACAGAAGAAUCAUGCUAAUUCACAGAAAAAUACUAUUCGCUUAGAACCAGCAUCUUUAUCUGCACCUUUAUAGUCUUUCUUGUUUAAGUAAGUAAUAGUUUAAAAUAAUAGAG